AUGACUACGAUGUAAGAACACAUCUUAGCUUGGCUUGAUUCAAUCUUUACAAUUAUCCCGAAGCCCAAAGCUUGCCCAGAUCAUCAACCAUGUUUGAAGAUGAAAUUGUCGCAGGUUACAGCAACCAAAACCAUGGUUUUCUCAUCUCCUGCGCCCUAAUCUUUCUAGGGACGCUGCUGUGGAUCUCAAUCGUCCUCAAGAAGAGCAGAAAUGGAAAGCAUCAGCCGCCACUGCCACCAGGUCCAAGACCCCUGCCCUUACUCGGGAAUCUGCUCUCACUCCAACCCGAGCUCCACUCAUACAUGGCCUCCAUGUCCCAGGUCCACGGUCCCAUAUACACCCUCUGGCUAGGCAGGAAGCCCGGAAUCGUCAUCACCUCGCCCUCCAUAGCUCGGGAGGUCUUGAAGGAUCAAGACUCCGCCUUUGCGAAUCGCGACGUCCCUGCUGCUGGACGGGAAGCCACCUUCGGCGGCAAGGACAUCGUGUGGAGCCCACAUGGGCCGGAGUGGAGGAUGUUGAGGAAGAUAUGCGUGCGGGAAAUGCUCAGCAGCUCGGCACUGGACUCUGUUUAUGAUCUCAGGCGCCGGGAAGUUCGGAACACGGUGAAAUACUUAUAUGAACAUGCCGGGAGGCGGGUGAAUGUGGGUGAGCAAAUGUUCUUGACAGUGCUCAAUGUUAUCACAGGCAUGAUGUGGGGCGGCACGAUGAAGGGGGCAGAAAGGGAAAGUCUUGGGUCUGAGUUUAGGCAGAUUGUGAGUGGUAUUAUAGACCUGCUUGGGUUGCCUAAUGUUUCUGACUUUUAUCCCGGGUUGGCUAGAUAUGACUUACAAGGGAUUCGGAGGAAGAUGAAGAAGUUGGUUACUAAGUUGGACAAGGUUUUCGAGAGGGUAAUCGAUCAAAGAUUGAGAAUGGGUAGUGAUGAGAUGGGAAGUAGGGACUUUUUGCAGGUUUUGCUAAAGCUCAAAGAUGGAGAAGGUGAUGAGAGAAUACCUUUCACUAUCACUCAUCUCAAAGCCUUACUCAUGGAUAUGGUUACUGGUGGAACUGACACAACCGCAAACACGGCAGAGUUUGCCAUGGCUGAGAUCAUGAAGGAACCAGAUGUCCUAAGGAAGUUACAUGAAGAGCUAGACACUAUAGUGGGAAAGGACAACAUAAUUGAGGAGUCUCACAUUCACCAACUCCAAUAUUUGUCUGCUGUAAUGAAAGAAACUCUUCGCUUGCACCCAGUCCUGCCACUUUUGGUGCCCCAUAGCCCGAGCACAACUUGCAUCGUUGGGGGAUAUACAGUCCCACAAGGCGCUCGUGUUUUUGUGAAUGUAUGGGCUAUCCAUAGAGACUCUUCUGUAUGGGAAAACCCAUUGGAGUUUAAGCCUGAGAGGUUUUUGGACAACAAAGCUUGGGAUUACUACAGUGCUAAAAACUUUGACUACUUUCCAUUUGGUUCUGGGAGGAGGAAUUGUGCUGGGAUAGCCUCAGCUGAGAGGAUGUUCAUGUAUACACUUGCCUCAGUCAUUCACUCUUUUGACUGGAAACUUCCCCAAGGAGAGACAUUAGAGCUCUCUGAGAAGUUUGGGAUUGUGUUAAAGAAAAGAGUUCCUCUGGUUUUAAUCCCUACUCCAAGAUUGUCCCACUCAACACUCUACGAGUAAUUUAAGGUACAAGGCUAGCAAGAUUUAGGCAUUUGCAUUGUAUUAUGUGUACUACAACUAUACUUCUUGUCUUAAACGCACUUGUCCAUAUUGCAAUGUGAAUGCACUUGUCCCUUUGUAAAAUAGAAACCCCAUCAGUCCAUCACCCACUGCCUCAACCCCAUGUAUGAUGAUAUACAUUGGCAUGAGAAGAGAAAUAAAAAAAACCAACAACUUUCUGGUGUCUUUUAUAUAUAUCUAAAAA